AUGCAAGGGUGCGCUACACUUCCUAGGCCCGGGUGUAGUGGAAAAUAUGCAAGGGUUGCUAGGCCGUCGCCCGGAAGCGGCGCGCCACCCGAUGGUGGUGUUAACUAUCCAAGGUUUCAUGGUAAGGGCAGGGGUAAGGGCAAGGGUAGUAGGAUGCGAUUUGGGACUUGGAACAUUGGCUCUUUGACAGGGAGAUUAGUCGAAGUAGUAGAGGUUAUGAGAAGGAGGAGAAUUAACAUAUUAUGUUUGCAGGAGACUAAGUGGGUUGGAAACAAGGCAAGAGAAAUAGCUCCAUGGGGUUAUAAGAUUUGGUAUUCGGGAAAAACUAGGGGUAGGAAUGGGGUUGGUAUCCUUAUUGACAGAGAUUAUAUUGAUGAUGUAGUGGACGUGUCCCGAAAGAGUGAUCGAAUUAUGAGACUAGAUGCGUCAACUAGACAAGAAUUUUGGGAGGAUUUAGAAGAAGUGGUGCAACGUGUCCCUAGAAGUGAGAAACUGAUCAUUGGUGGUGAUCUCAAUGGACAUGUAGGCUCGAGUCGCGAUGGAUUUGAAAGCAUUCAUGGUGGUUUUGGGUAUGGGGAGAGGAAUGAAGCGGGAAAUGAUAUUUUGGAUUUUGCAUUGGCAUAUGACUUGGGUAUAAUGAACACUUGGUUUGAGAAAAGAGAAUCUCACCUAGUAACCUAUAGGAGUGGAGAUAAUGCGAGUCAGAUUGACUUCUUUUUAGUAAGGAAUGCUUUGAGACAGUGCUACACCAAUUGUAAGGUGAUUCCGGGUGAGAGUACAGCAACCCAACAUAGACUUGUGGUACUUGAUUUUCGAGGUAGAAGUUAUAUAAGAAAGAGAAGAUCACUAGUGGAGCCUAGGAUCAAGUGGUGGAAACUUCAAGGGGAGCAACAACUAAAAUUCGCGGAAAAGGUGGCAAGUGAAGGUAUUUGGGUCGGGGAUAUGGAUUUGGAUAUAGACUCGAUCAUUAUGGACAAGAAUGGAGCACACCAUAAAGGGAGUGGCGAAAGAGGUCCUAGGGGAAUCUAA